AUGGUCGCGCAGCUAAAGGCAGGCCGGCAGGGCUUGCUGGCUUUGAUGCUCAUCAGUCUUGUUGACGCCUUCUAUAUUCCUGGCUGGUCUAUUCGAAGCUACAAAGAAGCGGAACACGUGCCUCUCUUGGUCAACAAAGUCUACUCUGACAACACCGAGCUACAAUAUGCCUACUACGACCUGCCGUUUGUCUGUCCUCCAACGGGGCAAUUUGCGGCCGCGGGCGGAAUGCUGAGUGGAAAGCAUAUCCCUCUCAACCUGGGCGAAGUGCUCCGCGGUGAUCGUAUCCAAGCUUCGGAUAUAGAGCUCGCCAUGGCAAAAGAUAAGCCGUGCACUUUGUUGUGUACUCGAAACCUAUCAUCAGCCGAUCUCAAACGGGCAAGACAGUUGGUUCGCGACGAUUACGUUGUCGAAUGGAUCGUGGAUAACCUGCCUGGAGCGACGAAUUUUAUAUCCUCAGACAAGAGCCAAAAGUACUAUGCAGCUGGAUUCAAACUGGGAUACUCUGAGCCAUCUCCUCGAGGUCGACUGCAGCAGUACAUAUAUAACCACCAUACCAUCGUCAUCAGACACCGACGAGCAACAGGAGGCGCUGGCGAGAGAGGCGAGCACAUUGUCGUUGGGUUCGAAGUAUACCCAAGCAGCGUAGCACCUGAUGCAGCAAGACAACCAGAUGGCUGCCCAGCGGAUUUAAACGCUCUUGGAGACGGGUUCCCGUUGCACAAGUACGCAAAUGUGUCAGAGCAGUUACCCAGCAGCGCACGCCACAAUCUGGUUGAAAUGAUUGAGUUUGAGGGGACCUUACAAAUACCGUACACGUAUGCGGUGUACUUUCGAGAGGACAAUAAUAUCGAAUGGGCACGGCGCUGGGACCUCUACUUUGUGAACCAAGACGAAGGUGUCGGCAUCCACUGGCUUGCUAUAAUCAACUCUGUGAUUAUAUGCGCCAUGCUGACUGGAAUGGUGUUUAUAAUCUUUGCCAAGACGAUAUACUCGGAUAUAAAGACUUACAAUGACGCAAUGAAUGAGAGUGGGAAACUUCGAACCAAAGCAAAAUCUUAUUCAGGAACAUCUACACCAAGGGACAAACUAGGCUUGUUAGGUCCAUCUACCGAGGCAGAUGUUAAUGACUUUGGCGACAGCGACGUGGUCGAUGAGGGUCUGGAGGAUGCAUCCGGUUGGAAACGACUUCAUGGCGACGUUUUUCGUACCCCUAAAUUUGGCUUCCUACUUGCACCACUCGUCGGAUCUGGCACACAGUUUUUAUUUAUGGCGGUUGGCCUUGUAUCGCUAAGCGCACUUGGACUUCUCAACCCGACCUUCCGCGGUGGCUUCAUCAGUGUUGGCAUUGGUCUCUUCAUCUUCGCAGGCCUCUUUGCGGGCUACUUCUCGUCGCGCGUAUUCCGGAGCUUUGAUGGAAAGGAUUUUAGAAAGAACGCCAUGGUGACAGCACUACUGUUCCCAGGACUUUGUUUCGGACUGGUAUUUGUUCUAAACCUGUUUGUUUGGGCGCAGGCAUCUAGUACUGCCAUACCCUUUGGCACCCUUCUGGCCAUAGUCUUCCUCUGGCUUUGCAUCCAGGUUCCUCUCGUAUAUACUGGUGCUUACUACGGGUUCGAGAAGGCGCGAGCAUGGGAACAUCCGAUAAAGGUGACGGCGAUCCCUCGACAAGUCCCUGCCCAGCUAUGGUACAUGAAGCCGCUACAGUCUGUACUUUUAGCUGGGCUCAUCCCCUUUGCUGUCGUUUUUAUAGAGCUGACAUUUGUGUUUCAGUCGGUGUGGCAGGAUAAAACAGCAUUCUACUACACAUUUGGGUUUACUGCAGUUGUAUUUGCGCUUUUGAUUGUCACCGUGGCCGAGGUCACUGUAGUUACCAUCUAUGUCCAUCUCUGCACAGAAAACUACAACUGGUGGUGGCGGUCGUUCUUCAUUGGUGGCGGAAGUGCGCUGUGGGUGUUUGCCUAUUCCAUGUGGUACUUUACCUUUAAGUUGCACAUUACAGGAAUAGUGAGCAGCAUGCUUUUCAUAAUGUACAGCUUCAUGGCUUGCUGUGUCUACGGCUUGCUGACGGGCACUGUGGGCUUCUUGACGGCGUACGCAUUUGUGCGCCGAAUCUACAGUGCUAUUAAAAUUGAUUAA